UAUACCCUGACACGCCCCUCUCCUGCUAUCUCACCACACCUGAACUCACUCUGCUAAUCACCAAUUCCUCUUCCAUUCUUCUGGUAUAUAAGCAGCUUGUUCUACCUGGGUUUGUUCAGCAUUUGUGGUGUCCCAGUUCCUGUUGUUGAUUGGCUAAAGAGACUCCAUGACCAUGUUGACCAGUCUUCUGCUUCUCAGUGCUGCCUUUGCUCUUGGAGAUGCAAAUUCAUUGCUAGAAGAAGACUUGUGUCCUUCCGGUUGGACCAAAUAUGGAUCACGCUGUUUAAUGUUUGUAAAGACUACAAGGAGCUGGCCUGAAGCAGAGCGGUACUGUGUGUCCCUUGGUGAUCAACUGGUGUCUGUACCCAACGUUGUGGAGUACCUUGGCGCAAACCUGGCAUCUGUGCACAGCUCUGAGGAGGACCAUUUUCUACAGGCGUUGGUCUUAGUCAAGACUGUUGGUUUCCCUCCUACCUGGAUUGGCGGAUUUUAUUCUGUUAAGGACAGGCGGUGGUUCUGGAGUGACGGCUCCGACUUUGAUCACCAGAACUGGGCUGAAGGAAGGCCUGAUGCUGGUGCCAGAGAGUCUUGUGUUCAUAUCAACUUUGGAGGUCAACAGCUCUGGAACAAUGCAUUAUGUGAAAGGAGCUUGCCCUCUGUGUGCUCCCUGAGGCUCCUGCCGCUUCGCCAGAGUAUCCAUUAAAAGCAGCAUUGCUAUUCCGUAGUGUCUUUGUCCUAAUACUUCAUGGGAAGCUUUGUUGCUGUUAAAUGAAGUCUCAGUUACUACACAAAUGUUGAGGAAUUGUUUGCAGCCAAUAAAAUAUAUACACU